AUGCCUCAGCUAAAUAAAUACUGGAAUGCACAAGGAGGGACCGUUCUUUCUUUCAGCUGCGCCAAAGUAGCACAUGUUGGACUAUAAUAUAUAUAUAUAUAAUAUAUUUAUAGAUAGCAUGACAGUAAACAAGCAACUGCUAGAGGGAGCUAACACGGAAAACGAUUUGAUACGAGAAGAAAACAUGCAUCGAUACCUCCUUUCCUAAUGCUAGUGGAUGCGUCUAGGUAAAUAAGCUAGGCUACACCAGGAACAAUGUGCAGUGGCGGCAGUCAUCACAACAACGCAUGGAUCGCGACCUCAUCCUGCCAGCUUCUGUGUUGCGGUGCUCUGGAAUUGCCUAAUAACAAUCUCAUUUCUGACAUAGGCUACAGCUUUCACAACGCAGCACGCCUCCUCAUCAUUGAACGCACCUCGAUUAACCACCUUCGCCAGUGCACAGUGUGCUUUUCAAAGGGGAGCGAAAGAGAGACUGAUCCGCAUCUCCUCAUGUCGCGGAGAAAGGAACAUUGGAUAGACGAGGCAAGGAUGGGGGGUUUGACACUGAUUCUGCAUCCAUGAGCGCCUUCACUUCCAACAGAGUGUUGUUUUUUGGAACAGGUACCACUGGACAGUUCUGGUGAGAGAGAAAGAAACUGCUGUUAAGAAGUUUGGAUGCAAAUGGCCACAACCACCAUGAUCUUUAUGAUUUUGGGAGCUUCACUUGUGAUGGCAGUAGCGUGUCUAACGGACAUGAACGCUCUACUCGACCGCUUUCACAACUACAUCUUACCACAUUUACGAGGGGAGGACCGCGUCUGCCAUUGCAACUGUGGAAGGCACCAUGUCCACUAUGUGAUCCCGUACGAUGGGGACCAGUCUCUGGUAGACUCGGCAGAGAACUACUUUGUGAGUGAUAGCGUGACCAAGCAGGAGCUGGACCUGAUGCUGGGGCUGCUGCUGGGCUUCCUCCUCAGCUGGUUAUUGCUGUGGCUGGACGGGGCGCUGCACGCUGCCCUCAGGGCCUGGAGGGCCAAACAGCACCAUGUAUGGCGGAGAUGUCUCAUCCUCUCUCCAUCUCUCCUUUCUGCUCUCCACUCACUGCUCUCCGUUUCCCUGCUCUUUUUCCCCUGUCUCUCAGCCCAUGGUGUCCCCAGACUUAAAUUAGAUGAGUCAAUUUGGAUCACACCUCCAUUCUCAGAUAUAAAUACCCCACACCCAUGAGCCACACACACAUACACAAACUGCACACUCGCACACAAAUUAAAUGGAGGACAAAUCCUUCAUCUUUCAAUCACACAUUUAAUGUUGUCUAUGUCCCGUCUUCCCGGCCCCCUACUUUCUUUC